AUGUUUUUCGAGCGUAUAUUGUUGUCUGUGUUCUGCCUUGGAAUAGAAGCUUUUCCCUUGGCUUUGUCUGAGGAGGUGGAGAUCAGGGAUGUAGCUGCAGAUAAGGGUACAAACGUGACGGUGCCCUGUGGCAGUCUAGACGCAGUACCACUGCCAAACGUGCAGUGGGUGCACAGGGGCAAUCGGACACACCAUGAAGUUUUGAACGACGGUAGUUUACUACUUAAAAAUAUAGGCGUAGAUGACGCAGGAUUGUACGAGUGCUCAGUGGAGAACGAGACAGCCUACGUCGAUAGAGUCAACCUCACAGUGCGGACGGAGCCGCCACCACUAGUGAACGUGACAGUCCACGCGUCCACUAUCCUGGCGCUGAUACUCUGGAAUGUAGCUGGUGAUGGUGGCCACCCUAUCAUAGACUUCACCGCACAAUACCGAUCGGCAGCACCUGUUAAUGGGACUCUAGAGCCCUGGAGGCCUAUCAGCCCUAACCACAUCAGUCCGAAUUCGCGCCAAGUAGACGUGUAUCACUUAGAUACCAACGCGUCUUAUUGGUUCAGAGUAUGGGCAACUAAUGCUUUGGGCCCCGGUCCACCGGUGGAGGUGCUGGCCACCACACUCUACAGCGACCAGGAGGCUGAGCUAUACAAACACUUCUUCUCUGGCGCGGAGCAGUUCGACACACGGACAUGGGUGGCGGCGGUGUGCGUGGUGAUGGGCACGCUAGUGGUGCUGGCGGCCGGCACGUGCGCCGUGCUCUGCCGCGAGUGGCGCCGACACGACUACGUCGAAGAUCAAGACGUAAUGGAACUAGUGCCUAACAUAAUCCUGAACCCUGGUUUCAUGGAGAUGGACCCCAUCAGGCCGCGGGAGCCCCUUGCCUCCUCCAUCAUCAAGUCGACGGAGUGUCCUGGCCCCGGGAAACCGAGGCGUGUUUGA